AUGGGUAUUUCGAUUUUUGUGCUGUGCUCCCUGUGCUUUUGCUCAGUAUUUGGAUAUAACACGUACUCGUAUAAAGCUGCCGUAGUCGACGUGGCCAAGGGCGAUUUCCAUAGCGGAAAAUAUGCAGAUAUCGUAUAUGAGGCUGCCAAACUGAAUGUAGAUAUAGUAGUGUUGCCGUCGCCAAAUGAUAUUCCGUCUGAAGGCGCAUUAGAGCUGUGUAUGAAUGAAUUGGAUAACUACGAUGAGAUAGUAAAGUCCGUAUCAACAGCAGCUAAGGAGGGUCAAGUGUAUGUCGUGGCGCAUCUGUAUGAAAAAACUCACUGUCAAGAUAAACAAGAAUUGAUUAGAAGCAAUUUGGUAUUCGAUCGUCGCGGCAACAUAGUUUCUGUUUACAGAAAGCCAUUAAACACUUUGUCGAAGUGCAACACGACGAUGCUAAAAAGUGGACGAUUUACCACCGAUUUUGGUACAACAUUCGGAAUAUUAAUGGAGGAAGAUAUUCUUCUGAAAAACGCGAGCGAAUUCGAUGGGAUCAAGAAUUUUAUACUGGCGGGGUCUUUUGUGCCGAAAACCUCUUUCUUAUUUGCAAAACAAUUUCCCUCAUCUUGGGCAUAUGUAAAUAACGUCAAUCUUAUUACUGCGAAUGGAAUAUUUGGCGGUAAUAUAGAUUUGAAGAGCGCUCCCAAUCAACUGAUCGUUGCAGAAUUCAACAAAGAAGCCAGAAAUGACGUCCCUCGACCCCUCACUGUCACCCCUGACUCUUUCUCUACUGGAGAUUUUAGUCAGUAUAGUAUCAAACCCCUGGACUUAGAUGCUAGCAGCCAGGGCUACACUGACACCGUCUGUCAGGGAACAUUCUGCUGUCAAUUUUACGUCAAAGCAAGCCUAAUUGGAUCAAAACAAGGCAUCACUUACGGUUUAGUGGCAUUCGAUGGCACUCAACAGCUAAGCGCCAACUAUAUUGGCGUGCAAACUUGUUCUAUCGUCGCGUGCGCAGGAUUGUACAAACGUUCCUGUUUUGUUGGGUCUGAAAACAACAGCACAAAUGUUAAAUUUGAAAAAAUUACCAUCAACGGUAAUUUUUCCGAAGACAACUCCGCUCAGUUUCCAUCUAUCUUAACGUCCACUCAAGAUGUAUUUAAGAAGGAGAAUUUAAAAUUUACCAUUCAAAAUAAAAAUUUUAAAUAUGUCACUGCCGAAUUGUAUAACAAAGAGAAUGUCUUAAGUUUCGGUAUUUUUGGUAGAGUAUAUUCAAGAGAUUACGAUACUUCUGAAUUUGGUCGUGUUAACAAUACAGACGGUAUAAGCGAUUUUUCAGAAUAUAUUUCUAGUGAAAAUGUACAGGAAUUCUUUGAUUAUCUGUGGAUUAGAUUAAGGAUUGUGAUUUUUAUUGUAUCUAUAUACGUUUUAGAAAUGAUG